GCUAGCAAACAGAAGUAGCUAAAUCCUUGUUAAAGCUAAAGUAGCAACAAAUUCCAACUGUGACGCUAGCAGAGCAUCAAGUUAAACUUAGCAAAACACUAAAAGCUAAAGUAGAAAUAAAAUGCUAGCUAGACUCUAGAGUAGGGUGAAUCUUUGGAUGAAAUUAGCAGAAGACUAGCUGAAAGUAGUGAAAGACUAAAUGAGUAUAAGAAGAUAAAUGAAGACUUUAAAGAGAAAAUGUUUUUUAAGAGAUUUUAUUUUGGAAAACAGUUAAAUAUAUGUUAAAGUAUAAAAACUCCCAGGGAGCCAGCAGCAAAGGAGGCUCAAAGAUCAAAGAGAUCGGAGAGACCACAGGCGCUCAGGUGCAGGUGGCAGGAGACAUGCUGCCGGACUCCACGGAGAGGGCUGUCACAAUCUCCGGCACGCCGCAGGCCAUCACUCAGUGUGUGAGACACAUCUGCUCCGUCAUGCUGGAGUCUCCACCUAAAGGAGCAACUAUUCCCUACCGACCCAAGAUCCUCCCUGCUGGAGCUCACGCAGUUCUAGCACCACAGCACUCUGCGCAAGCCUUUGCUCUUCCAGGGCAGUACGCUCUGGCCCAUCAAGAUUUGACCAAGCUUCACCAGUUGGCUAUGCAGCAUAUCCCCUUCCCUUCCCUUGGGCAGAGCAACCCUACCUUUCCUGGAUUGGACGCGUCCGCCCCCACGACGACACAAGAGCUGGCGAUCCCUAACGAUUUUAUCGGCUGCAUAAUUGGACGCCAAGGCAGUAAGAUCAAUGAGAUCCGUCAGAUCUCUGGAGCUCACAUCAAGAUCGCCAGCGCCGCUGACGGCUCAGCCAUGCGCCAAGUCACGAUGACGGGCUCGCCGACCAGCAUCAGCGUGGCCCAGUACCUCAUCAACGCCAGCUUAGAGAUGGCUAAAUACACCAUGCAGGUGGCGUCCUCAGCGACCCCCGUUGACCUGAACUUGAGCUUCUCUCAGAGCGCCCCCGCCGCCUCCACCGCCGUCCUGGCAGCCGGCACCCCAGCUCCCAUCAACGUCCACUCUCCUUCCGCCUUACCGACCAUCCAGAACCCGCAUUACGCCGUCCCCAUUUCCAGCCUGCUGGGCAUGAAGACCCUCCCCGUCCUGGCCGUCCACCCGGCAGCCGCCUCCGGCCUGACCCCGGCGUUAGCUCCCUACGCCGGGAAGAUGCCGUCAUCCGGUGUCAAGAAGUCAGAGCGGCAGAAGUUUGCUCCGUACUGA